AUGGCUAGUCCAGAUGAAAAAUCCAGUGCUACCGAGGAGCGCAACAGCGAGGACAACUCUUCUUCUGGUGAAUGGACCCUGAUAGGUGACAAAGAAUCAGCUGACAGUAUUAGCAUUAGCAAUAGUAUUGAUGGACCUGACAAUGAUGAUAACAACGAAGAUCAUGCUGACCAAGCUAUUGAUACCGAAGAAGCUCGUGAAGCUAUUCAAAUUUUAGGAGAGUCAUUGCAGGUUAAUGACAAAAAAAUAGAAAAUAAAGAAGAAGACAAAGAGCAAGAUGAUAAGAAUGAUGAUGAUGAUAAAAAUAUUAGCGAGGCUCUUGUUACUCGUGAUGAUGAUUCAGAUGGGAUAUCUGUGAUAACUGACUAUGAAAAAAAUGAUGACAAUUUAUAUAGAAGCCUUACUGAAAUUAUAAAACCUAUUGAUAAUAUUGUAUUACCGAGCGGAACUGUAGUGCAUAUAUUGAUAGCAUGCACACUGGCAGCGACGGUUGGAUUUGGCAUUGGAUUAUUCGUUGGCCCGGGAAAAACCCAAAUGUCACCUCCUCCGACUAUUCCACUCAAAGAUGUUAAUUUUAAACACAUGAAUGCAGAAAGUGAAAAUUCACUGUACCGUAGUGAUGAAUUAAAACAAGAAUCUCAUUUACUAAAAGAUAAUAAUGAGUUUUCAGUAUUCAAAAAGCCAAAAAUAGAUAAUGUUAAUAAUAUUGGUACCUACGAAACUGAUUGGGAAACUGGAAAGGGUGGUAGUAUUAAGCCUAUAAAUAUUAAGAACGUUAAGAAUGGAUCGCUUAGAGAAAUUUUGGAUAAAGUAAAGCUUUCGUUGGAUACUCUGUGCUCUAUUAUUGAGAGGAGUGAUGAUACGUCGUAUCGCACGAGUGUAGACUUUGCUUGUCAUAAACGAUCACUCAUGGACUUACUUGACUUGAAGGAUAGUGUGCAGAGUAUUAUGACCGGGAUUGAACUGACUGAAGAGUUGUCUAAUAAACGAUUUAUAGAAAAUAUGGAGUCGAAGAUAAAAAAUAUUUCUUUGACGUUCUUUGAUGAUCUGUCAAAGACUUUGAAGAAUUCGGUGGUCAAAGUUCACCGUAAAUUAGUCAAGGUAAGACGUAAGCUCAAUCAACGAUUGUGUUUGAUUAGAAACACGAUGGGAGAUGAUCCUAAAUUGUCGGAGUUGUUAGAAAAAAUGAAUUUGGAGAGUAAUAAUUGUAAUAAAACUACAAAGUCGGAGAAAUUUAAUGAAAAAAAAAUUAACGAUGAGAAGAAAAUAAAAAAUAAAAAGCCUGAAAAAAAUCAUCAUCAGUAUCCUGUUGGACCAGAAGUUAAACGCGAAUUCGAUAAACAAAAAUUCAAAAUGGAUUCUAAGGACCGUACCAAACAGAACGGUAGAAAUGAUAAAGGAGAAUACGGAGAAAUGAAGAGACAAUUUAAAUCUCAGCGAGAUCAUAAGGAGUACUUGAUUUCAGAGAGUAAAUCGAAUGAUUUAAAUGCUAAAAUUAUUAGAGAUACUUCUAGACUUAAACCCAACGCUCCUCCAGUUGACAAAUGGAAGGAUAAAAAAUCUUUUGAUAAAAAAGAAGAUGAUUCUAAUUGUUAUGGAAAGUCUUGUGGGAAGCAACGUAACAAUGACAGAAAAAAUUCAUUUGAAAAAAAUGAAAAUUGGCAAUUUAAAAGAUCUGAAGGACGCGAUAAUUGGCGGACAGAUAAAAAACCAAAUGACAAAAAGGAAAAUUCAUGGGAUUUUAAUCGCGCAAAGGGUCGUGAAAAUGCGCGAAUAAAUUUUUAA